CAAAAUCAAAUUACGUCAUGUCGUUUUGGACUUUCUCUCUCAUAACCACCACCAUUGCAUUUAACUGACAACACCAGCUCAGACUUUCAGACACAGUGGCAUCUCCGUAAUUUCAUCUUCUUCCCGUGUCUUUUCUUAACUCAUUCUACUCAUUACACUUUCUCACUCACAAAACUUUCAACUAAAAGUUCAUAGCCUUUUUCUUUUCUUUUCCCUCUUUCAACUAACAACCGUUACUCCGUCGUAUCUCCGCCGCACACGACGGCGAUUUUGUAAACUAACUUAUUUUUUCUUCUGAUUCCAUGUGAUUUCCAUUUUCAUACUCUGCAUCCCUAACAGUACGUUGUCUCAUCUGACGGAUGGGUUGCGUGCUUGGUACGCCGGCCAGUGACGGAGACAGAGACCAGCGCCGUCAACGAAGAACUCAGCAGCGUAACGGUUCUUCUGAAGUAACUAAUAAUGUUGUUAGAGUUCGGGAGAGGCAAAAAAAUCGGCAUACCGGAGAUUUUCCGGUGAAUCUACCGGCGCUGGAGCGCCGGAAGCCUAUGCUCGAUCCGCUAUCAGUGAAUCAACAAGGUUGGCCGUCUUGGUUGAUGGCCGUCGCCGGUGAAGCCAUUGGCGAUUGGACUCCUCGUCGCGCCAACUCGUUUGAAAAACUUGCUAAGAUUGGGCAAGGGACAUAUAGUAAUGUGUAUAAAGCAAAAGACUUGGUUACAGGGAAGAUAGUAGCAUUGAAAAAAGUGAGAUUUGAUAAUUUGGAGCCAGAGAGUGUGAAGUUUAUGGCAAGAGAGAUACUUGUUUUGAGGAAACUUGAUCAUCCAAAUGUUGUAAAGCUUGAAGGAUUGGUUACUUCUAGAAUGUCAUGUAGUCUUUAUUUGGUAUUUGAAUAUAUGGAACAUGAUCUUGCUGGCCUUUCUGCUGGUCAAGGUGUUAAGUUCACUGAACCUCAGGUUAAAUGCUUUAUGAAGCAAUUACUUUCUGGUCUUGAGCAUUGCCACAGUCGAGGCGUAUUGCAUCGCGAUAUCAAGGGUUCAAAUCUGCUUAUUGAUAAUGAAGGAAUCCUAAAAAUUGCAGAUUUUGGGCUGGCAACUUUCUAUAAUCCUAAUAAAAAACAAAGCAUGACAAGCAGAGUUGUGACACUUUGGUAUCGACCCCCUGAGCUUCUUCUUGGAGCUACAUUUUAUGGCGUAGGUAUUGACCUUUGGAGUGCCGGUUGCAUUUUGGCAGAGCUGCUUGCCGGGAAGCCAAUCAUGCCUGGCCGAACAGAGGUUGAACAACUGCACAAAAUUUUUAAGUUGUGUGGCUCUCCAGCUGAGGAAUAUUGGCGGAAGCAUAAAUUGCCAAACGCUACAAUCUUUAAGCCGCAACAGCCAUAUAAACGCUGUAUCUCAGAAACAUUCAAGGAUUUUCCUCCAUCUUCACUACCUCUAAUUGACAGUCUUCUUGCAAUAGAUCCCGAUCGCCGUGGAACUGCCUCAGCUGCCCUAAACCAUGAAUUUUUUACCACCGAGCCCUAUGCUUGUGAACCGUCAAGUUUGCCAAAGUAUCCUCCUAGCAAAGAAUUGGAUGUUAAAAUGAGAGAUGAAGAAGCUAGAAGGCAAAAGGCACUAAAUGGAAAAGCUAAUGCAGUCGAUGGUGCCAAAAGAGUCAGAGCACGUGAGCGUGGUCGAGCCAUUCCGGCCCCAGAAGCCAAUGCAGAGAUCCAAACAAAUUUAGAUAGGUGGAGAGUUGUGACCCAUGCAAAUGCAAAAAGCAAGAGUGAGAAAUUUCCACCACCUCAUCAAGAUGGAGCUGUUGGAUAUCCACAAGAUGAAUCAAGUAAAGGACCUGUUUCGUUUGGUGCCUCGGACACAUCCUUUAGUUCAGGGACAUUCAAUGUAAAACCAUCUGGACCUACUAGAAGCCAUGAUGGUACAGGACUUCACAAAGGUACAAAAACUAAAAAAGAAGAGUCUCAGAUGGCUUCAUCAUGGAAAUUUAUGCGUCCAUUUAAGCCAUCAACUAUUGGACUUUCAAUGGAUUUAUUAUUCAGGAGCAAAUAAUCAGUUUCAUUUGAUUUUGCCAUCCUAUAAUGAGAUAAAAAAUGAUUUAGGCCUUGAUACAUCUUUUUGGCAUGGUUUCCAAUUUUUUUCCUUGUGUUUCUCAUAUUUUUUGGUAUUUCAUUUGCAUAAAGUUGUUGUUGUAUAAUCAUCUACAACGGGGAUUCAUAUAUUUGUAUAUCUUAGGAUCAAAUUCACUGCUGUACAGUUUUUGGGAGCACUAAUUCGUCAUGACCUUGGAAAUGUUCUUCCAUUUAGCAAGAAAAUGUUUAUUUUUUUAAGUGCUCUCACGUUUAAUGUUUCAUUUUUUAUCA